AUGUUGAUAACAAUAAGCGGAUUAAUUAUUGUUAUCGUAUCAGUGGUAGCGAAUUUCGACGAGCGUUGGAAGUUUCAUAAUUCAGAUGUUACUUCAAUGGCUAUGAAAAAUAUUAUCGAAAGAUGCUACAAGGAUUAUGUUAGGUCGAAUCCGAUGGUUAUACUUGGAGAUUUCGAGGGACGAAUCCUGAAAUCCCUGAGCGAAUCGGUUCUGAUUCCAAUGAUUAUCAUGGACACUCAGUCUGACUGUCUUGAAGGUGAUGAGAAUGAUGAGCUGUAUAAUUUUCAACCCAAUAUCGUGGUUAUCGUGAAAGAAUCACUAGAGCAGCUGAAAUCUGAUUUACAAUUACUGCGACAAAUCAACCGAUGGAAUCAUAUGGCUGGAUAUUUUAUUUUGGAUAGCUCAGAAAAAUCCUGUGAAGAGGCAUUGGACAGUUUAUUAAUAAUGUGGGGUAUGAACAUUCCGACGUCAUCAUACAUUUGUUUGAAUAUAGAUCAGGCAAUUGUACUGUAUACACUCAAUCCAAUAACGAAUUACGCGCCUCAUCCCUGGCAAAUAGUGGCUAAUGCACCAGAGUUUAAUUCCAGUGGCCGAUGGGCUCUUUACACUCAAUUAUUAAAUCCAUAUGACAUUGAUUGCAAGAGCCUGAGAUUUGACCGAAUGAGACACUUGAAUGGCUACGAAAUAAGAGCAUUAGUAGCACCAAAAAACAACGUAUCGUUCAUUCCUGGUAAAAAUUACAAGCAAGAGGGAUACAAAAUGGUGGAGUUCUUCGGUGAAGCUGUUUUUGAUACCAUAAUCAAUCGACUGAACGCAACAUUGUUACUUCAAAUUGAUAAAAUCAAUCUCAUACCACAAUACAUUGCUAAUCAAACAAUGGACAUUGAUAUUAGAUUUACAUUAUCAUUUUCGAAGAUCAACACAGGCUAUCUCUAUCCAUACUUUCAACCGGAAGUCGUUGCUAUUACAAGAACCAAAGAUUACCUGUCAACAAUUGAAAAAAUAUCACAGUUGUGGAGUAAAUCUGUGCUAGCUCUGUCAUUGCUCACGAUUAUAAUCACAUUUGGAGUAAUAGCUGUAUACAAACGACAGGGAUUUUCACUAGCCUUGUUGGAGAUGAUCCGUCUUCUGACUUAUGCCUCCAUCCAGAAUCAAUUUCACAGCACCUCCAUGAGAAUUUUCUUCAGUAAAAUUCUCAUAUUCAUUGUCAUCACUAACGGAGUGUUCCAAGGAAGACUAGCAGCUUUUUUGACAAAACCCGAAGAGGGCUACAAUCCGAACAAUUCUGAAGACUUGAAGAAGUUCAAUUACACAUUGUACGGAAUUCAGCAAAACGUAGAGUAUUUACGCACAAUGUUUCCGAAUAAUCGGGUAGUUCUUGUGACCCAGAAAAAUUGUGUGGAAAAGGCUCUUAGUUCAUUUUCUGGAGCUUGCGUAGGGACUAAAGCAAAGUAUUUGAACACAUAUUGGAUGAAACCAAUUCACAUCACGAGAGAGCCGUUGUUUGUAGAUUAUUGGAACCACCAGUGCCGUAAAGAUUGGCCUCUCAAGCAUCGAGUUGAUGCCGUUCUGACGCAGAUUAUGGAGUCCGGAUUAUUGGAUCGCUGGGCAUUCCAUAGUAUAUCAACGGUACUCGAUAAAAAACAUGCUGAGGACGUUGAACGUGCUGCCUCCAAGUAUCGCCCUGUUGAGCUCAAAGCAUUGGAUUUUUCAUUUAUAUUAUUGGCCAUUGGAUUAGUAUUAGCAACUCUAGUAUUAUUUAUCGAACUCAUCAUGAAGAAAGAAAUUAUCUCUGGAGUAAAAGAAGAAAGGAUGUGUGCUAUUGCAUUAGCCAGACGUAGAACUACCAUUUAA